GCAGAGAGAGGCGGUAACCCAUUGCUUGCGAGUGUGUCUGUGUGUGUGGAGAGAGACAGAGAGCGCACGCUGCAGGUUGGCGCAGGCACCGGUCCGGGUGAACAGAGCGUUGUGCGCGGCGGCAGCAUGGCUUCGUCUCACGGGAGGAACGACGUGCGGUUUGCCGACUGGAUGGCAAGUUUACCACCGAGCAUGCACACCAUCCCGCUCACCAACUUGGCCAUUCCCGGUUCCCAUGAUUCUUUCAGUUUCUACAUCGACGAGGCGUCUCCUGUGGGCCCCGAGCAGCCCGAGACGGUGCAGAACUUUGUUUCUGUUUUUGGCACGGUGGCUAAGAAGCUAAUGAGGAAGUGGUUAGCUACGCAGACGAUGAACUUCAACAGCCAGCUUGAGGCUGGGGUCCGCUUCUUUGACCUGCGUAUCUCCACCAAGCCCCGAGAUCCCGACAACGAGCUGUUCUUCGCCCACGGACUCUUCAGCGCCACGGUCAGAGAAGGUCUGGAGCAGAUCAGUAGUUUCCUGUCCGCUCAUGCCAGAGAGGUCGUGUUCCUGGACUUUAACCACUUCUACGGCGUGCAGAACCUGCACCAUGAAAAACUUGUGGCCAUGUUGAAAGAGGUGUUUGGAGAGAAACUGUGCCCAGUCGUCUUUGCUCAAGAGGUGAGUCUCCAGUAUCUGUGGGAGAAGGAGUUCCAGGUGCUCGUCUUCUACCAUCACCCCAUGGCCCUGGAGGUGCCCUUCCUGUGGCCGGGUCAGAUGAUGCCAUCUCCCUGGGCCAACACCACCGACCCGGAGAAGCUGGUGCAGUUUCUCCAGGCGUCUGUCACUGAUCGCAGGAGGAAGGGGACCUUCUUUGUGUCCCAGGUGGUUCUGACUCCAAAGGCCAGCACAGUGAUGAAGGGCGUGGCCAGCGGACUGAGGGAGACCAUCACAGAAAGGGCACUGCCGGGCAUGAUGCAGUGGAUCAGGUCACAGAGACCCGGGGAGAGUGGCAUCAACAUUAUCACAGCUGACUUUGUGGAGCUCGGCGAAUUCAUCAGUGCAGUCAUCACCCUCAACUAUCACCUGGAUGACGAGGACGAUGAUGCCACCUGAGGGACCAAAAAGGGAGCACAGAUACCGGUGGUUUUGGUGUGCGCUCUCACUCUUUUCUCUUUGGCAUUUAUUUCAUGGAGGGAGUCGUGCUGCUCCUUUCAUUUUCUUUAGGGCUAUAGUGAAUUGAGCGAUCAAAUUGUGAAAGGUGGCUGAGGUGAGAGAAGUUUGGAUUUGGAGAAACAUCACAGAUGUUUGGUCGGAGCACAAAGAGCGAUGAGGUUCUGUUUGUUUCCUAUUUUGGGGAGAUUUUUUUUUUUUUUAUUAAGUCUGUGUAACUUCAACCAAUCAAAAUGUAGGCCUGUGCAGGUAGCUACCAUUUGUAUUUGUCUUAUUUGGAAAAUCUAAAAGAAGUUUAUUGUUCUAGCAAUAUGCAUCCCUGGUCAUUGAUUGAUUUCUGAACAAAAAAACAAAAACAAGCAGAUUGAAUGCAGUGAGUGUUUCUUUAAAGUCAUUGUGUUAACUCUAAAUGUAGACCUGAAAAUAAUAAUUUCCAUAUGUUUCAUCUGCAGUAAUCUCUUAAGUAACAGUCAGUAAUCGUCUAUAACGUCAGCCUUAGACCUAGACGUGGAUCGGGCAUCUUUGUAUAUUGUUGAACUUCUGAUUCACUUGCUGAAAAAGGCCAGCUUGGCCUGCCGAGAAAAAAAUAAACAAAUCAUGCCAUGUGCACUUCAUCUUUUUUUGUGCAGAUAAAUGAAAUAGCAUUUUUUAACAUCGAUUUGAUUCGGACAGAUAGAAAUUCAAUCAAAGUCAUUUGUAAUAGCUUGGAAUCAAGCGUGACAAAUGUAUCAGAGAGUGUGGUGGGUGCAGAGUCGUGACAGCCGGGGUAUAAAAAUACAGUACAGCUGGGUGCUCGAGUCUAUCCACUGUCUGUGUCUCCUCCGCAGAAUACUUUGCUCCCUAUGUGUGCGUCUAUAGUUACCACUGCACUGUAGUAUACAUACAUAUGAGUCACCUUCAGAUGUAUCAUAGUGUUAUGUCUUUCAUAAUCAGAGGUGAUAAAGUUGCUUAACAGUCGUUUAAAAAAAAUCUGUUUUAUUUCAAGUCAGAAAAGACAUCAUGAUUCUGAGUCAGGAUGUGUUGCUGUAACCGCUUUGACACAUGGGAAAUAAUACGAGCUCCAGUCAUCGCUCGUUGGCGUCCACUUUAUUUGAUGUUUUCUAAGUGUUUCAUAGUUUUCCAGAUUCCUGCUGAUGUGAUACAUUUAGUUCACUUUCAUGUUUGAUGUCUCUACUGCAGUGGUUCUCAUCUGGUCUAGUCUAAGGACCCACCACCAAAUCCUUCAUGAAUCGUGGCCCAAGUUUCUGAUCAUUUUUCAACCAAUCAGAUUUAUUGAAUGUCAGUUUGGACCUCAGAUGGUACGAAACAUAUGACGGAACAAAGAAAAGUAACAAAACCAACAUGUUUUAAGAGCGCUUCAUAGACUUUUUACACAUUUUUUUCCCCCAGUCACAUGUUGCGACCCAUUGAAAAUGGCUCCUCGACCCACCCGGGUGAGAACCGCUUCUCUAAUGCAUCUUUUCUUUGCCCUACAAUGUGUCAUAUGAGACUGAAACAAACAAAGCAUUUCACUUCAAGGUUUUUAAAUUGUGUAUUAAGCAAAAAACUCACACUGGCCCAAACAUCCGCACACCUUCUCAGAUCAGUGUGGCGUUUUCUGCAGAGAAUGUAAUCUGUAGGGACAUCGUUUUCUUGUUUGGUCAUGUAAAACCAAUUUAGAAAAAUAUCUUCUUUUUUUUUAAAUUCGUGAAUGUAUGUGUCUUGUGAGUAAAUGUGACAAUUUUUAAAGUCCUGAUCAAGUGAUUGAGCAUCAGCUGGAAAGAUAUUUUUUGUAUUGUAUGCUUUAAUGUAUUAAUGAGUUAAUGUUUUCAAGUUCAAACUGUACUUCAUUCACUUAAGUGUGAUUUAAUGUCAAAUGUUUUAUAUUGAUGAAAGUUUGUACAUACUGUAAUUGCAAAUAGAAUAAUGCUGAUGAAUUGUAAAUGAUUGCAGUCAUUGAUUACUUUUUUUUUUCUCAGCCUAAACAGCUGUCAGACUGCUUCUUUGUUUUUUUGUGUUGUGGGGAAAAAACUACUUCAAUCUUUAUGAAACCCAUCUAGGUAACUUUCAUUUGUGCAGUUGUUACAGUAGUGUCUUUAAUUUGAUCUGCAUUGUUCUAAAGAGCAUGGGUUCAUCUCAGCUUUAAAAUGUUUUGACCCUUUAAGACCCGUCUUCAAUCUAUUUUCUUUUUUUUUAAAUGUUGCACUGCUAUUACCCCAUACAGAACACACACAAAUAAAAGACCAGAAGAGACUUGCAAAUUGUGUUGUAAAGACUUUUGUGUCUUCCCUGGUCCAAAUUGUUGUCAUUGCUUUUUAUGUUCUGGUGUAAAAAAAAAAAAAAAGAGACACUUGCUGUUGUAAAACUCAAAAACUUUUGUUCAAAUAGGAGUGAGUCUGUUCUAAGUGGAAAACUGCCAAUCAAAUAAAGCUUCUAUGCCUCAAAGGUGA